UGGCUGACUGCAGUUUGAGUCCCAGACCUGGUGGCUUGAAAAUCAUGCCAGCACCCAGAGAGAAGACCUGCCUUCACAAUAGUAACUGCGGUUUUUCCAAGCUGCUUUUUGUCUCAUUGCUGAUACUUCUUCAGUUAUUGGCAGUCUCAUUCCUUAUUGGUAUUAUCAUUUUCUUUAAAAAAUCUCAGUGUCUUGAAGAAAAAGAGACUACAAGAGAUCUGAUUCACACAAAAUUGGAGUGUAUGGAAAAGAAGUUGACAAAAGAAGAUACCCCUCCAGAUAGAGUCUGGAGCUGCUGCCCAAAGAAUUGGAAGUCAUUUGGCUCCAACUGCUACUUUGUUUCUACUGAAUCAAAAUCUUGGGGUGAGAGUGAGAAGAACUGCUCUGGAAUGGGGGCUCAUCUGCUGGGGAUCAACUCCAAGGCUGAGCAGGAAUUCAUCAUCAAGAUUCUGAACCCAGAUUUCAGUUAUUAUGUGGGGUUGUCAGAUCCAGAAGGUCAGAGACAUUGGCAAUGGGUUGAUCAAACACCAUACAACAGCAGUAUUUCAUUCUGGCAUCCGAAUGAACCCAAUAAUCCCGAUGAGCAGUGUGUUACAGUAAAUUUUCGUUCUGCAGACCAACAAUGGGGCUGGAAUGAUGUUCACUGUGAUCAUCCCGAGAGGUCAGUUUGCAAGAUGAUGGAGAUUUACUUAUGAACGGAGCAUUGUCCAUGGAAACGUGUCUAUUUUUAUAUCAGUACCACAGUUUUGAUGACUGUCUUAUUCAUCAAAAUCAAGAAGUGUAAUGGUUCCAGCUUCAUUCUUCACUAUUGUUUUGGCUACGUUUGUUCUUUGUAUCUUAUAUACAAAAUGUAGGAUUCCUUCUA